CUUCGAAGGGCUUUUGAGUGCAUGUGGCGCGAUAUGACAAAACCGAGCGGAGAGUAGUUUGACAGCCGGACAGCCGCCGGGGAGAUAUAAUCACCGUGUGCGUCUCCGUCUCACCGAGCAACAUGUUCUCUACACAGCAGAGUUGUUGGUUUAUCCGCAAGGUGAUUUGCUGGAGAGCCGCGGCCAGCAUUGCGUGGGCUGUCCUGUUGCUGCCGCCCGUCACAGCAGUGUUCGUCAUCCUCAGCAGGUUCAGUCUUCUCCACCCCAUCCACACGAUAUCAGAAUGCUUCUCCCUGCUAACGAGUGCCGGUGCCAUCUUCUCCCUCAUCCUGCUGUGUGGGGUGAUCCUCAUGGUGGGCUUCCUCAACCUGGAGUAUUAUACGGUCAUCCCAACUAUCGCAUGCUCGAAAAUCGCCCUGUUGGGUCAACUGCUUCACCCUCGUCAGUUUGUCAACUCCUCGGCGCACUGUAUCAUGGGAAUAAUUGUGGCUUGGUGUUGUGCCGUCACCAUCGGAGGCAGAUACGAGACAAUUGGCUACCCGUGCACACACAGUGAUGGUUCCACUCACAUGUGUCUGAAUGAGUAUCACCUUAUCCUCCUGCUGGCUGGAGCCUUUGUCGGAUUUUCUCACAGUCUGCUGGGUGUUAUCCACAACAUGAACUUUGUCUCCUUCCACACUGUUCAGCAAUACAAAUACCUUCGCUUCAAGGGUUCACUACCUCUAGUGGUGAAAUGCAGCGCCACUCAAGCACUUUACUCUGUCAGGAACUAUGUUGUUGUGUAUUUCUUUUUGGGAUACAUUCCAAAGGCAUGGAUCUGUAAAACACUGAAUCUUCAUUUGAACAGCUCCAUCCACCCUCUUGACAGCAUCGCUGGACUGCUGGACCUCUCCCUGCUCUACCACCUGUGGAUCAGUGCUACCUUCCUCCUCUUUACAUGGUACAUCACACUGCUGCUCUUUAGGAUCUUUGUCACUGAGGUGUACAAUUUUCCGGUGCAGUCAUCUUUCACAGAAGAAGCCCACCAGUGUCUUCCCAAAGUUCUGACAGACAAGGAGCCAAUGAUAUUAAAGUUCCUAGCUCUGCAGGACUUGGCUCUACUGUCUCAACACUCCCCAUCACGGCGCUGUGAGGUCUUUAGUCUGAGUCAGCCAGGUGGCCAUCCUCAUAACUGGAACGCCAUCAGUAGGGAGUGUUUGUCUCUGCUGGCUGAUUUGACCCAGAGACUUGUCGCCUAUCAUGACACUGUAGCAACCAAUGGCAGAGCCAAGUCACUAUCUACUGGGAGUGAAAGGAAGACUUCAUCUGAGACAUCAGUAACUUCAGGCACAGAAGACCUGAUGUCCCCGAGGCCCACUCUGAUGAUGAAAACUCCAGCUUCGGUCUUUGCCCGCUCCAUAGUCGGCGGCCCGCAGAGCCCCCUGACGGCGCCGUUCACUCCCGACUUGGACAGCCCCUUCGCUUCUCCGUCCCUGCGGCGCCUCACUGCUCCCGUGGAGCAGUGCUCACCAUGGCACGGCACGGUGCAGAGCCCGCACGUCAUGAGGAGAGUGCCGAAACUCUGGUCCACCUCUACAGACUCGCAAGCCAACGGCAGUCCCCCACCAUCCCCUGCCUCGGUUGCCAGUCCCCAGCAGCAAACCUCCAAACCGAGUCUCCUGGCUCAGUUCCUCCAGAACAGGAAAGAACAGGUUAAACAUUUCUUGGCAAAGCGGGUGCUGAUAAUGUAUUUGUUUAACAAGCUUCCAGAGGCCUCCAGUCAGGCUCUCUUCGCGGACAGCCAGGCUCACAUCUGGGCUCUAGAAGGAAUAUCUUACCUCAUUCAAGCCUCCUUCUCAGAAGACCAGUUUGGGGUUGUGCAGACCGCAUUACCCAGCAUUCUUAGUUGCAUGCUGGUCCUACAAGAGGCUGUAGAUCGCCACUUCAAGCUGCCUCAUGCCUCCAGUAAGCCCCUGAGGUCGGCCAGCAGCAUGGGAGACCCCACUUACAAAACACUGCGCUUCGCCCUCAGGGCCACACUCAAGACGGCCAUAUACAGAAUAACAACCACUUUUGGUGAUCACUUAAAUGCCGUUCAGAUGUCUGCAGAGCACCGGAAGAGACUGCAGCAAUUUGUGGAGUACAAGGACUAACACACACGUGACACUUGGCUGCUGUGCCUCUGGAUUCUUAUCAGCGCGACGUGAAAGUCCAUGAUCGUGCCUCCUUUUAAUAUUUAUGUCCGCACUAUGUCGUGAAGGAUUGUGUUCGAUUUGCUAGAUCACGUCUCCGAGGUGGGAGCAGGACUCCAGCAGAGUGUAAGAGACUCACCUCCUGAGUUCAGGAUCGUUGAAACCAGCUGACUGCAUUUAUAUGCAACUCAUCCCCAAAGAUGAUUGUUUCACAAAAUAUUAUCAACAAUAUUUGUUUCUUUUUUUUCUUCUCUCUAGUUGAAUGCGAUGAGUUGUUAAGAGCUUUUAGUUCUGCAUUACGGUUUCCUACUUCAUCUGCUGUCCUCUUGGAUUAUAUCAUUGUGAUUCCAAAAACAAUUUAUACGAGAUGAGUGUAAGAAAUGGCUCAAAUUGUUGAGCACGAAACGUCUUCAGGUCACAGGCAUCUGAAAUGUGUUUUCUUCGAUCUGGUUUUGUUCUAAACACCAUCAUGGAGAACUGGUAUACAACAGUGCGCCUCAGUCCAGGUUAUGUUACUAGAGAAGACACCGACAUUUGAUUUACAAAUCACAUCUUGUUCUUACAUGGUAAGUUUUUCUUUUGGCAGUUUUAUUCAUGAGAAAUAAAGCUGUUAUCUUCGGCAGACUGAGGUGGGUGUUUGUUGUGACUGGCUGCAGUUAUUGGUAAAAUGUUUUGUCACUGCCAAUAUGAGUUUUAGUUUUUGCCCAGAGACUUGAAUAAAAAGUUGAUAUAAAGAUCA